UCAACAAGCAGGAUUAAUGUGUUUUAAUGUUUUAUUGUGAAACCAGGACCUCAGCUCUGCAGCUUCCACAGGAUAAAUCUGUGUUCAGCUGUAAAAAUAGCUUCUCCCUCCGCAUCUUUCGGUUCCGUUCUGUGUAUUUCUGUCAGCUGAAGAUGCUCGGGCAGCCUCCCCCCUCCUCCCCCCUUGCGGACGCGGCGCAAAAACGCUCCAGAAACCCGGUCCGUGCGCAUUACGGAGCAAGAUGGCGCUGCGGCUGUCAGCACCGCGGACAGCUCCGGAGCUUUCAUGAAGGAUCCGAACCCAAGCAUCGGAGCCCGGAUCAGCGGCCAGGAGGAGGAAGUGCGGAUCCCAGGAUCUGAUUAAAACCCGCAGACCGGAGGAGACAUGAAGUCCCUGAUCCGUGAAUAAGCUCCCGGUUUUCCGCUCUCAGACCCCCGCAGGCUCCCCGGGUUUUCCUCGGUCUCUGCAGAAGAUGCUGGUCCUCCUGGUCUCCUCCGUGUUCUUCAGAACCAGCUUUGCCCUCAGCUCCCAUUUCAGCCCAGAUGGCGCUCCGCUGAGCGACAUGUCCUUCUCCUCCUCCCUGGCUGUGGUGGCCAUCUCCUUCUCCGGCCUCUUCACCUUCGUCUUCCUCAUGCUGGCCUGCCUCUGCUGCAAGAAGGGCAAGAUGGGCUUCAAGGAAUUCAAGAAUGUGGACGGGGACGAGUACCACGCAGACAUGUCCACACUGGCGUCUCCGGCGUCUCAGGGCACUCCAGACGUCUACAUCCUGCCGCUCACCGAGGUGUCGCUGCCGACCUCCAAACAACCGGCCCGAUCAGUCCAGUUGCUGAAGUCCACGGAUCUGGGCCGCCACAGUCUCCUCUACCUGAAAGAGAUCGGGAAUGGCUGGUUCGGGAAGGUUCUGCUGGGGGAGGUGAACACGGGCCUGAACACCACCCAGGUGGUGGUGAAGGAGCUCAAAACCAGCAGUGGUGUGCAGGACCAGAUGCGCUUCCUGGAUGAAGCAAAACCGUACAGGACCCUGGAACACCCGGCUCUGCUGCAGUGCCUGGCCCAGUGCACCGAGGUCACCCCCUACCUGCUGGUGAUGGAGUUCUGUCCACUGGGGGACGUGAAGGGUUACCUCCGGAGCUGCAGGUCCAAUGAGACCAUCACCCCUGAGCCGUUGAUCCUGCAGAGGAUGGCCUGUGACGUUGCAUCGGGACUUUUGCACCUACACAAACACAACUUCAAACACAGUGACCUGGCUUUAAGGAACUGCUUGUUGACGUCUGACAUCUCAGUAAAAAUUGGGGAUUAUGGUCUAGCUCACACCAAGUACAAGGAUGACUAUUAUGUAACAUCGGAUCAGUCRUACGUGCCGCUGCGUUGGAUCGCCCCGGAGCUCGUGGAUGAGGUUCACGGGAACUUGCUGGUGGCCGAUCAGACCCAACAGAGCAACAUCUGGUCUCUCGGUGUGACUAUCUGGGAGCUGUUUGAGCUGGGAAACCAGCCCUACAGACAUUACUCCGACAGACAGGUUCUGACGUACGCUGUGAGGGAGCAGCAGCUGCGACUGCCCAAACCGCUGCUCAAAGUGCCCUUGGCUGAACGCUGGUUUGAGGUAAUGCAGUUCUGCUGGCUCCAACCAGACCAGAGACCCAAUGCAGAGGAAGUCCAUCUGUUGCUCAGCUAUCUGUGUGCCAAGGGGGCCAGCGAGGCCGAGGAGGACUUUGAGAGGCGCUGGAACUCCCUGCGUCCCAAUGCUGGAUUCAACAACCACCGUAGUGGCUCAGUUAUCAUCCGAGACCACUCCUCAUCGACUUCCUCGUCGUUUCCUCUACUUGAACAGUUUUCAUCAGGUGACGGUUACCACUCAGAGUCUGGAGAUGACAUACUAACAGUCACAGAGACCAGCCAUGGCCUGAACUUUGAGUAUAAAUGGGAGCAAGCCAGAGCAGAUCAGACUUUUAGUGCCCCAGAUUCCUCGAGUACCCAUCAUUGUCACGAAGAGUUUUACCCUCCGGGAGGCAUUGUUGGAGGGUGCCCCAUGGAAAACCUGAGCCAUGGAGUUUCUCCUCCUUACUAUCAGUCAAAACAUCUACAUCCACCAAACGUGCUCCCCGUCCUCAGUGCCCACAGCCCCUCAGUGAGCAGUGAAUACUACAUCCGCAUUGAGGAGCCGGUGGACUGUAACAUGGAUCUGGAUUACACCAUGUGUUCCUACAGCCCAGAUUAUCAGGGCAGCAGUGGGAGUUUCCUCACUGGGAGUGCAGACUCAGGAGAAUGCAUGGCCUGCCCUUCACAGGCUAUAAACAUUGGUCCCUACUGGUCUGCAGACAUCCAGAAAUCUGAUGCAUACGACUCCAACGACUCAAGCCCAGCUAUCUCCUUGACAAUGGAGCCUCUUCUAGGGCAAGUGUCCGACAGCAGCCCCCUUCGACCCUGGGAGUCAAGUCACUACGUGUCCUAUAAAGACAGAGAUGGGGGUUACUACUAUGAGCAUUCUCCACCUUUAGGAAUAGAUCCAUAUCUGUUUGGAAGUGAGCACUCCAGCGAGCUUCAUCAAGAAAGCUGGGGAUCAAGAAGCCUCCGUCAGGCUUUGGGUGAACUGGAUAACCCACUUGGUAUUUCUCCGUCCGUAAAUAGUCCACCCCAACAGGCUUUCGGAGACCCCUACCUGGACACAAGUCAGACCUCCAUCUUAGGAAAGAAUGUCACCGGGGGCUACUACGACAUGAUGGGUUCGUUAAGAAAGACCAUGCCGAGCCACACGAGGCACAACGGCCACUCGAUCAGUAUCAACAUGGAGACUGGAGGUGCCCUCUUCAUUGGGCACAGAGACAGCGAGUCGGAGGAGGAAGAGGAGGACAUAUUUAUCGAGAGACACUCCUGCAACACUUGGCCUUCGAAACACCGCCACAGCAGCGCGGGCCGCCACAGACGGGCGAGCCACAGCUGCAGACAGGACACUUAUGCUGAUUUUCAUUACACAAUGCCAAGCACAGACAUCGAAGACACCUGGCCAGAGGAGCAUAACUUGGCUUUUCAUUCUCUGCCCAAACCCAUUGACUAUCUGGAGCCACACCAGGCCAAAGACAACAGUGCCUGCCUCAGUCUGAGCAAACAUCAUGCCAUGGUGCCCUCAGACAGCUGCAAUGCCUACAUCUACCUGUGCCAUGAAGGAGAGCCUCAGCUGCCAGCAUCUGGAGAGUGCUGCCACACCCACUUCGUUGAUCCACUCACAGGCCUGCUGGUCAGAAACAACAGCUACUGUCACAGCCACAGUCACAGUAACUACGUUAGAGAUAAGGCCACUGAUAUCCCAAACAAUGAAGAGAUGAUCAACCUCUCACCAGCUCCAGGAGGUCCCAUUGUGCCUAAACACAACUUAAAGUCUCCAGACUGUAACGAGCAGUAUGCUAAUCUGAUAUCUGAUGAAACUCCACAUAAAGAGAAGAGAGAGGAAGUGAUAAAAGAAAACCCAAUCAUGCAGAAACCACCAGAACCGAGAAUAGAGGAGCAGAACCUGACAAUGACUAAGACCCCUCCGCCUCCCGCGGACAACAUGCAUGUGAUGGUGGCUGUCUCAGAUCCACAAUCAGAGCUGAGUCACGCCGCCGACAGUGGCGUGGAACAUGGCGGCUCCACAGUCAGCCUUGCAGACAUUCUCGACUGCAGCGACGAAGACGAUGACGACAUCACAGACGAUAUCACAGACGUCACCUCUGGGAUCUUUGCCGACGAUGGCAGCGAGCUGAAUGCGUCUCCAGCUUUCAAAUCUCUCCAGAAGCAGGUAGGUACUCCAGAUUCCAUGGAUUCCAUGGACCUUCCAUCUGCAGCUGGAUCCUGUGAGGGCCUCAGUCCUGCAUCAUCCCACCCUUCCAGCUCUCCUAAAGCCAUGGACAGUGGUUACGACACAGAGAACAAUGAGAGUCCAGAGUUUGUCCCUAAAGAGUCGCACGACCGGCCACAGGCUCAGGGAAAGCCUGCUCUUGAUGCGAGUCUGGAGGAAGAUGAGAGUAAAGUGGGACCCUCAGAAGGGGAAGCAUCAGUGGGUGAAGAUGCAGCUUUAGAGAACUCACAGACCGGCGACCACGUUCUUUUACCUCUGAGUGAUAAGACUCCAUACAGAGACUCCGCCUACUUUUCAGAUUAUGAGAAUGAGAGGCAAGGCCGUGAUGAUGAGGGGGAAUUCCAGCUGAGAAAAACAGAUGAACCAAAUGAUGAAGAGGAACAGCAGGUUGCAAACAAAAAGACUGAGAAAAGAAAAACUGAAGAGGAGGAGGGGGAAAUAAAAGACGCUGUGGUGAACAAAGACAUUAAACUCAAAGGAGGUGCAACAAAAGAAGCAACGGAAUCUUGUACUUCKCCAGAGAUGGAGACAGAGGAGAGCUGCCAGGAUGAGGAACCCAAACCGUCUCCGGAGCCGUCAGACCCUGAGGGGAUUCUGGAUGAAUGGCCGUCCCAGGAGGAGAGUUCCUCCUUGGGAGACUGGGCAGCCGAGGUCGUGGGGGCCAUGGAGGAGGCUCUUGGUGCUCUUAAUGGAGACUGUGCCUCCAGUUUUAAGGAGGACGGGAAGGAAACUGAGGACAAAAAAGAUUCUCUUCAAGCUUCGGAGACGGAGGAGACAGUGAUAAAAACUGUUCAAAAAAGACCAAGUGAAACCCUGCACACCUUACCCAAAGAUGAGGUGGCCCUGCAGCACACGGCAAACAGCCGGAGGUUCUCCUCUUCAUCACCCCUCUCCCCAUCGACACCUCCUUCUCCACCUCCAACAACAGAGGGCCGAGCACCUCCAGCUGAUGGCGAGGAGGCCGAYGAGGAGGACGGCGACACCGACGACAGCGACGAGUCAGACGAGGAGCUGAGAACCUACAGCGUGCAGAGCGGCGGCGAGGAGAGCGAGGAAGAGUGCCACCCAGUGCCCAUUGUGGUGAGCGACAACAGCCAGGCCCACAAACUCAGGAGCCUCCUCAAGAUGCCAACAUCGCUGACUGCAGAGAACCUGGAGGAGGAGUUGGAGCGAAAGAAGAAGACCGUGUCCUUCUUCGAUGAUGUCACCGUCUACCUGUUUGAUCAGGAGAGUCCGACUAAAGAGCUGGUUGAGCACGGCUUCCCUUUAGCAUCAGAGGGUCGGAGCUCAAAAAGAAAAUCCCACGACAGGCUUAACGCCUCCGAUGACUCUUCUGACGGGAACGUCUCUGAGGAGAGCACAGGCUUCGAGUGGGAGGAUGACUUCUCUCUCGGUCCUCUGCCGACGUCCUCGGUGGCAGCUGACUCUCCCCCGCCCCGCUCCGUCACCAAAGCUCCGGACCCCAAACCGGCCACCCAGUUCUCACGCUUCACCGUCUCCCCGUCCAAUGUGUCCCGGUUCUCCAUCACUCACAUUACUGACUCGGAUAUGGACUCAGCAGGAGGAAGCAGUGAAGACGGAGACAAAGAAUAAGAACGUGUGGAUUUUUCUGGCCUCUAUAACAACCGGGCCGGUCUCAGCAUGACUUCAGAUUUCUGUUUUAUCGUCAGGUUUUCAAAACACAAGUCAGUGCCUCUCACCGCCUGCAGACACUUUUACAAAACACCGUCUUACCACGACGUAGGACCAGGUGAAGUAGUUUAGAUCACUGAAAAGAGAAUGAUAAGAUAUUACAUUUCUACAAUAUUAACCUUCACGGUACAGAUGAUUUAAUCUAUAAAGGAGCGAAGAGGAAAAAAUGUGUAUUUUUUUGGAUCCUAGAGACAAAACGGAUGAAUGACUCCUAAAAAAGCAUYAUAUCUGUCUCCUCUUUCAUUUUUUUUUCCAUUCAUAAAAGGUGUGGAGCCAUCUUAACUAAACCAGGACACAGAAACUGUUGCCAGAUUGUUGCCGAGUWUGACUUUUCAACAGUGGGUCGACACUUCGAACAAGACUGUACAGAUUUAGUCUUUGUACUUUUGAGGAAAUGUUUUACUUGCAUUAAUAAAUACCACGAUCGCUUGAGGCAUUACAAGGAAAAUAACGUUAUGAUUCUCUCAGAGACACAAAGACAUUCUGCAGUGCAAUGGGACUGUUAAGAGACRAUUUUUGUUGGACGCGUUUGACCAACAACCUAAUUCUUUGAGACGUUUUCUUUGCUGCAUCAGAAGCACUAAUGUGAUCACAACCAGCCCAUCUUUACUGCAGGUAUCAGAAUAUUCUCUCUAAAAUAAGACAAAGAAAAAAAAACAAUUAGAUUUCACUUGUUGGUUUGUUUCUUCAGCACAUGGUUACAAGAGACUCAAAAGGACUUUACUUAUUCAGCCCCCCAAAAAGGGCUGGUGGUAAAACAUGGAGGCUCGCUCAAAGUUCAUUUCAACAGUUUUCUGCCUCAGCUUUGAAUCAUUUAUUAGAAAAGCUGGAUUUGUUUUGAGUAAUCUGGACUUCAUCACAUUGAUGCAAAGAUCUUGUAAAUCCAGUGCUGAUAGAAACCUCAAAUGUUUCCUGAUGGAMAAAAAAAUUAAAAUCACUCUUACAACCACAAACACUUUUCAUCUGAAAACUGAUCACAGCUGUUUGGACUAACAUGCUUCUAUCAGCUCACUAAGAACAAUAACUGUAACUUUGACUGACUUUGGUUGUAAAUAUUGUUCUUUUUUAUUUGUUAAUCAGAACARAGGAGGUCUCAAGAUUUGACACCGAGUUUUCCUACUGUGUGAGGAAACAUCUGUGAAGCAGGAAGUGGUCAAAAACAUCACUGUGCUGUGAUUGGUUGAACACACGAGCAGUUUAGCUCUAGUAAAAAGUUAGUUGUGCGAGCAAUAAAUCUCCAGUUUAGCCUUUAAGAACCCAAAUAACACSUUGAAGUCAGGUCAAUCAAAUCUACUCAGACUGCUGGUGUAGAUACAUGACAAAUCCAAACACCACAAAACUGGACUUCUAAUCUGAAAUUAAAAACACUUCCCUUCCUGUCUGGGGACUUUUCUUAAUCGUAUUACAUGCGACCGAAACAUUUUUCUGAGUCAGGUAAACAAAGACCCUCAUGAGGGAGUUUAAUCUGGUUUUGAAUUAAAUGGGACAUAUCAUGCAAAAUCCACUUUUUUAGCCGUUAAAUACAUUUUGUUGUGUACUUGGAGUCUCUAAGAGGCAGAAAAGUUUAAUUAGUUUUGACCGGUGCUGCAAACAUAUUCUGUUUGCAUCAUAUUUUUCAACUCAAUUCAGUUUUCUCCAUUUUCCAUGAGCUUCUAAAUAAGAGCUGAACUUACCAGCUACAGUUUGGUGGUCUUCAUUCUCCUCUGGGUCAGACUCUGGCUCCAAUAUCGACAGAUCUUCUAUAUAGUCAUAAACCCUUYUAUCAAACCAGAAUGGACCCCACUGGAAGCUGGAGAGGGGCGGGGUGUGAAGCACCUCAUUUUGAUUGAAAGAGACAGCCUCAAAACGAGUUGAAAAGGGGUGAAAGAGGGGCUUGUGGAGUUACAAUAAGGAGGAAUUCAGGCCAAAGUAUUGCAGGUCCACUUUCUAGACCCCAAAUGAAAGAUUUGAAGUGAAAAAGAAGGAUUUUAAAAACAUGAUAUGUCUCCUUUAAGAAAACUUUCUGCAUUGGAAGGGAAUCGUUCAUACAGAAUAGAUGUCAGAGCUGUGUGCUUUCAUUCAAUAUUUAAAAAGCAGAGUUUAAACAUUCAGAAGGAGUUGUAAGUCUUUUUCUGUGCAUCAUAGAUGAUCAAAAUCCUUCCUGGGGUAAAUCUGGAGUCUGACGCGAGUCCUUUGUGUCCACAAAUGUUUCUCUCUCAGCCAUGCAGACAGYCCCAUCGGAAUCAUUACAGUUAUUGUUCUUGGUUUAAACGUCCUUUAAAGCAGGUUACGUUUGCUGAAUCUGUCAUUUUGCUCCAACUGCAGGGAAGAAAUAAAAUUAAUUUAGUCUCACCGGUUCCUCCUAGUGGUUCGACAGCAGAGAGGGACUGGGAUGACCCAGUAAUGACUUCACAUUUUCAAAACUCAGAGGUUAAAAGGUUUGACUUUAAAACAUCCAAUAUGUUUCUGUUUUUGCCAAAUUCUUACACGUCGUCUGUUUAAAAGAGAUGAAGAUUCAGCUAAAGGAUGAGGACUGUCCUCUGAACGUUUUUAACAACUAGAGCCAUAUUUAUUUGUGUCGAGUCGAAUUCGUCUGAUCAGCUGAAAAGACGGCGGGAGCUGCUGUUACCAUCAGUGUUAAGAUGCUUCAUUUCUCUGUAUGAAGGCUGAAAAUAAAACCCAGCUGAGUCCCAGGAGCCAUGAAAGUACAGGUUUCUGUUUUUAAAUCCACAUGUAGUGUCUAAGUGUUUGUUUGCCUCCAGAGGCUUUAGUAUUCUGUAACAGUUAGGUUAGAAACAUCUUGGCUGUCUGUGAUAUUUUUGUAUCUCAACAAAAAYGAAUUUAAAGAAGUAUUUCUGUAUUGUUCCUGUGAGGAAGAGAAAAUGAGAAAUCAUGGAGGACAUCGCUGUUAAUUGUUGCCAAAGAGUCGAGGUGUUGGCUUUCAGGUCUGAGUUCAGAGGGGKUUUUUUUGCCCCAAAAUGGAGACAAACUGAAGCAACGUGGCUGCAGCUGUGGCCCUGAACUGAUUGUAGAAAUAUUCAGGAGAAAAACCGGGAUGAUGUCAGAAACGUGCGCCCCACACUGACCUGGUCUCAUCAUCGCUUUCUGUACUUUCAGAUAGAAAUAAACUUUGGUUUACACAAC